AUGAAAUAACCAUCGUAUAGAUGUACAGAAAAGUUAUGGAAACCAAUAGUAAGACCGCCAAGACAUAAUUAUAGAUUGAAAGAUAUGGGAAAUGAGAAUUUCAUGGUUUCAGACACUGUAACUAAAAGAUUAGACUUUGAAAUUUAAAAUUGUCGAGGGUUAAUUUUGUAAUGCAGGUAUUUAGCUUUAAUUUUAAAUAGUUUAUUUGAGGCAAUAAGAAUGUAAGAUAAACCACAUCCAUGUAUGAUAUAUUUACAUGGGAACUCAAGCAGUAGAGUUGAAGCAUUAACGAUUUUAGAAUAUUUAUUACCUAACAACAUCUCUGUUUGUGGGAUUGAUUUAUCUGGUAUAUUUUAUAAUAAAAAUUAUAUAGGUUCAGGAUAAUCAUAAGGUGAAUACAUUUCUUUAGGAUAUUAUGAAUCAAGAGAUGUUAAUGAUCUAUAUGAAUAUUUAAGAUUAAAUAAAGUAAGUGAACUUCAUAAUUAUAAGUAUUACAGCCAUUAAUUACAUAAAUUGGAUUGUGGGGUAGAUCUAUGGGUUCAGUGACUGCUAUCAUAGCAGCAACUCUCAAUUAAAAUUUCAAAGUUUUAGUUUGUGAUAGUCCUUUCUCUAAUUUAACUCAUCUCUGUUAAGAAUUAGCAUCAAAUAGUUAUAACAUACCUAGUUGUUGUUUUAAUUGCUUUUGGUGCUUAGUUAAAAUUAAAAUUAAAAAAGAGGCUAAAUUUAAUAUUGAUGAUCUCAAUAUUUCUUAAAUCAUUCAAAGUAAAUCUAUAAAUCAAUUUUAAACUAGCUUUAUCUAAUGAUACCUCUAUUGUAUUCUUAUCUGCCAAAUAGGAUCAAUUGAUCUUAGAAAAACAUCCUAAAAUUCUAAUGGAAAAAUUUAGAGGAACCAAAUUACUAAAACAAUUUGAAGGCACUCAUAAUUCAAAACGACCCCAAGAUAUUAUGAAGGAAACUGUCUAAUUUAUUAUUAUGUAAUUUGAUAAAAUUUCUUGGAAUUAAAACUCUAGAGAUACUAAAAUUACCAAUAAUACUAAAGAUUAAAUUCCCAUCCCUGAUAUAGAUGCUCCCCUUCUGUCAUCAAAAAAACCUUUCAUAUCCAAAUAGAAUAUGUGA